CAAAUCCAGAGUUUGGUUGAGAAACAUUUCUCAAUAUUGCACGCUUGUUAUAUUUGUUUAUAUAGUUCAAAAAGUAUAACUAACUGAAAGCGUCCGUUCACGUAGGUUGUUUGUAGUUUUCUUGCAAUAACGGAUUUGAUUAAAAGAGAUUGGGUUGGUGUUCAGUGUACCUUAUUAGAAGAUCUAAAAUCAUGCUUUUCAUUCCAAGUGAGAUGCCCAAUAGAAAAGGAACGAGGGGAAGAAUCGACGAGGAAUCUAGAACAUCAAAUCGUGAAUUCAAAAGCGUGACGAGAAUUCUCAACUCGAAAUGUUAGAGGGCAUCUUUUUCAAGAUCCUCCCCGCUGUCUUUCAGUGGAUAAUUAAAGACAGCAAGAUUUUUAGAAAGAGAAAGCAAAUCUUUUGAUGCACCUACUCUUUACCCUUGAUUUUGAUUGUUGGGAUAGGUUAGGUGUAAGGUAAGCGGCUUCCCGGACUUAGGCGAGAUCAGUCAAAGAUGGAUCGGGGUUCAGGCUCAUCGAGCUCAAAACCUUUCCCUCGGCGUAACGUUGAUAUAAAUCAGCCCCCACACGGGAAGAAGUAGAAGUUCCCAUUGAGGAGGCUCCAACUCUUUUACCCCGAAUUAGGGCUCUUUUGCAUGCCCAACUUCUCGAACGGAUCUCUCAAAAAGAGAGCCCCAUAAGGGGGUCCUGGAAGAACUGGUCCAGGCCGCGAAAUCAACAGCCGGGGCUCUCUUCGCUCGAAUUAUGAUUUUAGAGAACUGGGCCCGUUUGCGGAAGAGGUCAUCCGCAAAUAUAGCCGGCGCUUUGAUCCUGAGAAAUUGGAGAAAAAGCAUUCAUCUCUUUCCUGGCUUUCACCGAGCUUUCGAAAGAGGAUAGCCCCGUUCUCAGGCGAAACGCGAUAUUGAACGCAAUCUUCACAAUUUCGAAGCCCGAUAAUGAAUAAGAGGCUUCUAUCAAUAUCGUGUCGCCCAAGGGAACCUCCUCUUUCUAGUUAAAAAGGGCGCGGAAUUUCUCUUUCUUCUUUCUUUUCUUUUUUCCGGUAUGCCGCUCCGCGAGCAAGGAGCGAAAGAACCAAGUGGGCUGUGGUGAUGUCAGAAUUUGCACCUAUUUGUAUCUAUUUAGUGAUCAGUCCGCUAGUUUCUUUGAUCCCACUCGGUGUUCCUUUUCCAUUUGCUGUAAAUAGUUCGACCUAUCCAGAGAAAUUGUCGGCCUACGAAUGUGGUUUCGAUCCUUCCGGUGAUGCCAGAAGUCGUUUUGAUAUACGAUUUUAUCUUGUUUCCAUUUUAUUUAUUAUCCCUGAUCCGGAAGUCACCUUUUCCUUUCCUUGGGCAGUACCUCUCAACAAGAUUGAUCCGUUUGGAUCUUGGUCCAUGAUGGCCUUUUUAUUGAUUUUGACGAUUGGAUCUCUAUAUGAAUGGAAAAGGGGUGCUUCGGAUUGGGAGUAA